UCGUCUAACAAAUCGUUAUUUAAUUCGUUCCGUUUACUUUCUAUUUUUCUAAGAAAUUCUAAUUCUAACAAUUGUCCUUUCAAUAUUUCAUUGUUUUCGACUAGGAAUUUUUCAAUCUGAUUUAAUUUCAUUUGCAGUUCAUCGUUCUCUUUACUAUGUGGAAUGCGGACAAUGAUAUCUUUCAUUUCUUGAAUCUGUAAUUCCCAAUUUUUUUUCUUAGGACUAUUGUCUUUUUUGUUAUGUAAUCUUUUAUCGAGAUCUACGGUUGUUUGUAAAUAGAGUUGAUCUUUAAGAUAGUCAAAAUGAGAGCUAAUGUUUGACAAUUUUUGUAAACAUUGCUUGAAUGAUAUGUAGUUUAUUGUAAAAUUGGUUGUAUCAAUUGGCCUAUAAGAAGACACUUCUUUUAGACCUCUCUCUUUUGAGAAAAAUUGGCUUAAUUCACAAAGAAGGUUACUACGUUGUAAAUUGAUGUUUUCAAGCUGUUCAACAAUGUUCUUGUAAUUCGAAAAUAAUGGAUUUAGAUCUUCUUUUAAAGUUGACUCAACUUGAAAGUUUUCAGAGUUAUACAUAUCACACGUAUUAUUCAGCAUACUUGGACCUUCGUAGCAUGUAAUUAGCGAAUUAAAAUUUUCUUUUAACCGAUUGAUACCAACGACAAUAGAUUUUGAAUGUUGCGCUAAAUUUUGUAAAAAUUCUUCGACUUGAUUAGUUUCCUUUCCAAAUUUAAUACGCAUAUUCCAUAAAUCUAUAAUUUCUUCUGAACUAUCUUCGCCGGAAGUUAAAUCAAUUGAACUUUUUAUCUUUGGAAUAUUAUUAAGUUUCAUAGAGAUAGAUAAAGGCCUCUUAUUCAAUUGCAAUAUUCUUUAAUAAUACAAUUCAAUGGAGGAAAUUUUCAAUAAAUCAACCCAUUACUUUUCAUUUGAAUUUGAAUUCUAAACAUGUGUAUUAAAAACAUCACAAUAUAGACAUGUUUAUACAAAACUAUAACGUUCAAACAGAUUGUUUAAUCGUACAGGCUUUACAUAUCUUCUCCUAUUGUUUGAUUUGAAAGGAUAAAGAUGACUGAUAAAAAGUCUUAUAAUGCUGCAAAAAAUAAAAUACGGGAUAUACAAACAAAACAUCCAAUUAAAAGUUUACAAGACACUGAAAAACAAGAUUUUUCUCUCGAAGAGAAUGAAGAAAGGGGAAAUUGGAUUGGAAGAGCAGAUUUUGUUUUAGCUGCAAUAGGAUGUGUUAUUGGUUUAGGUAAUAUUUGGCAGUUUCCUUAUAUGUGCUACAAACAUGGUGGAUGUUAGUAUCUUCAAUAAUAAUUAAACAUUAACAUAAGUUCUCUCUCAAUAUAUAUAAUUAUUGUAGUUGCAUUUCUUAUUACGUAUUGCGUGUCCUUAAUAUUCGUGGGUAUUCCUAUGUUCUACUUGGAAUUAAAUUUAGGUCAGUUUACUAGUAGUAGUAUGCUGACUUGUUGGACUUACUUACCGAUCAUGAAAGGUGUUGGUUUCUGUAUGAUUAUGUUACUCUGCAUAACAUCAAUAUAUUAUAUGAGUAUUAUUACAUGGGGACUUUGGUAUUUUGGAUAUAGUAUAGUUUAUAGAUCAGAGUCAAAAUGGACAAGAUGCGAUAAUGAAUGGAAUACACCACAUUGUAUUCUUUUAAUUAUGAAAGAUGAAGCCAAAUUAUGCCUAAAUGAAACAGUCAAAGCAAUGUAUAAUACUUCAGUCAAUCUUGCCAAUGGUCGUUGUUACGGAUCAAGAAAUUUAACCUUCGGUGGGGAAACUAAAUUAUAUCAUUCAGUUCCUUUAGGAGAUCUUGACAAAAGCGUCUAUAAUAUUUCUCAUGAUUCUCAUAUUUUUAAAUGGACUCUUCCAACUGAAGAAUUCUUUUAUUCAAGGUUGACAAAAUCGACAGACUACGAUAUGAACAAAUUUGGAACAAUCCAAUGGGAAUUAGCUGUCUGUAGUGGAAUUUUAUGGAUUCUAUCUUUUUUAGCAAUAAUUAAAGGGAUGAAGUAUUAUGGAAAGAUUGUCUACUUUACAAAUUUUGCAAAAUGUACUUUGCUUUUAUCGUUACUGUUACGAGGUCUUUUGUUGAAAGGUCGAGAAGAAGGAUUAAAAGUCUUGUAUGAUGAGUUUAAUAUUAAUCAAUUACUUGGAUCUGAAAUUUGGGUUGAUUCGGUGAAGCAAACAAUAUUUUCUCUUGGACUUUGCGAGGGUACACUUAUAACUUUGGCUAGUUUUAAUCGAUUUCAUAAUGAGACGUUAAAGGAUACAAUUCUUGUUACCCUAACCAAUCAUAUAUUUUCAAUAUUGUGUGGCUUGACAGUAUUUUCUUUUUUUGGGGAAGCGUUGAGGUUGGCAGUUGAUAGCACUGACGAUGUUUUCCUUCUGGAACACUCAAUUGACUUCCUAUUUAUAGUCGUACCAUUUAUAAUUUCUUACAUUCCUGCAUCAGCUUCGUGGACUUCGGUUUUGUUCCUAUUGAUUUUAUUUCUUGGUAUAGAUACUAGCUUAGCCUAUGUUAAUUCAAUAAAAAGUUCCUUAUACGAUCUAAAUCCAAAUUACUUUCGAAAAAGAAAUAUAAGGUUAUCAUUUGGCCUUUGUUUUAUAUUUUUCUUGUUGGGAUUACCUUUGUGUUGCAAUGGUGGUCUAUACUUGACGUAUCUAUUGGAUAUCUUUACAAAAAAUUGGAUUAAAUAUAUUCUAUGCUUCCUGGAGUGUAUUUCUAUUGUUUACAUUUAUGGCGUAACUAGAUUCACCGAGGACGUUGGACUUAUGAUAGGAUCUAAGAAAGUUUGCUUUAUAUGUAAUUGGUCUUGCUCUAAAUAUUGGUGGAUUAUUACCUGGGGUGUUAUUACACCAAUCUCCGCUAUCUUUGUGUUUGUUUUUGAAGCUGUAGAGUACGAAUCAUUCUUUCGCCUUGACUACUAUUAUCCUAAAUGGUCGGAAGUUUUAGGAUGGUUAAUAGCAAUAUCUGGAGGUUUAGUUCUAAUUGGUUAUGGUGCUUUUAAACUGGUACAGAAUCUUUUAAAAAAAGAUAUAGGAAGUUCUUUUAGACCUAGCAAGCAAUGGGGACCGUAUUUACUAAAGCAUAGGUUACAAGUUGUUUACGCUCAAGACUUUUGUCUAGAUCCGCAUAAUGUUGGUGUCGAUUUUGUCGAUUUGUUAAAGUCUAAAAUCUCAAAUAAUUCAUCGAAAGUCUAAUAUCGGAAAAUUGCCAUAUUUAGCCAGAUUUGCUCAUUUUAUUAUGACUGAAGACGUCCAUUUUAAAGUACAUUUUUUUUAGUUACCUCAUCUAAUCACAGAUUUUUUUUUAAAAGAAAUCAAAACAUGAACAUCUUUAAAAUACAAAUUAUUGAUGUUAAAAAUUAAAUGACCUCUUUUUUUUUUACCAUUUUCC